AUUAUAUUACGGGAUGUUUAUUUUACUAAAGCUGGCACAACAAAUCUCACGAAAUUUAAUUUUGGUGAUAUCCCGUUAUCAAAAUCGCGAAAACCGUACCAGUCCCAUGUGUCGACACGAAUCGCUGAUUGUACACUGCUUCCGCCGCGUUACACCGUCCAGUUACGGUCCGUGCUUACCUGCGGCUACUGUUCUUUUUCGUGUUUAUCUUACCGCUCGAAUGUAAAUAUUAUUAUUAUGUUUUUGCAACGCGGGUUGACGAUAAGUGGUGACGACACGUUGUUUUGAAAAUCAACCAUUUACUUUCGCUCCCUUUUCUCACGCGUACGAACGUCGCAGCGUUGCGUCUGCCGACCGAGGGCACGUCGUCGUAUUAUCGCGUAAUCGCAAGUGCUGGUGUAAUGCCGGGCGUAGUGAGCAGUGCCCGCGGAUCCGAUGGAGGUCAGAAAUCAAUCUAAACUCAAAUGUAACUCAUUGGAGUCAAAAAAUUUAAAUUAGGUGGUUUAAAAUUAUAUUAUUUGUUGAAAUCAUAUAAAAUAUGGUUUCUUUAAAUAUUAAUGACUUCAAAGCAAGAUUAAAGUAGAAAACUCCUUAAACAGAUUUCUUAUUUUGGGAUGGUACUAGAGCCGAAAAGGGAGGCUAACACUGAUGGAAUCGAAAAUAGAAUUCAAAAUAAAGGAGUUUUCUAUACAUGUAACGAAAACCACAAAAAAGAUUACGUUCGCAUUAAAAUUGACAUGCCUCCAGCUAAUGGUCAUUUAAAUGAAAGACAAAGACAACCAUUGUUGGGCUUAUGUAAACAGGUGACAUCAGCUGUAAGUAAUGGUAUUGGUUGGGAACCGAGAAAUGACAAUAUUGAUGUAAAUGGAGAAAAUCGUGAGCAUCAACAGCCUGUUAUGGGUCAUAUACACCAAACCUUAGCAGACAACAAACAUCAGUUAGAUGGUGGGGUGUCAUCUACUGGAAAUGAUGGGUUUAAUCACAAAUAUCUCAAUAACAAUGCCAAUGGAACAGCUGUGCACAUUGAUAUGCCAAAUAAUGUUAAUCCACCACCAUCAAAUGAUAAAAUUAGAAUCCCACAAGAGAAAUUCAAGACUUUUGUUGCGUUAAUAUUGUUGAUCAUGAAUUUUUUGAUCACUACUACAUCUUUAGCUGUUGUCCACGAAAGAGUACCUGAUCGUAAUUUGUACAAACCAUUACCAGAUACAUUUUUAGAUGCUGUACCUGCUCGAGACUGGGCUCUAGAUGUAUCUGAAGUAUUUAUUAUUAUCAGCACAAAUUUGUCACUGUUAAUUAUUGCCAGUCAUAAGUAUAGGUUUAUUGUUUUACGUAGACUGAUGUUUAUGCUGUCCCUUCUUUAUCUACUUCGAUCUGUUACUAUGUUUGUAACUGUAUUGCCCAUAUCUAGUACUACCUAUUAUUGUUCUCCCAAAUCCAACUCUACUAGUCCAGAACAGAUCGCUAAACGUGUAUUCCAGUUGUUUUCUGGUUUUGGCUUGUCAAUCAAUGGCAAACAUACAUUUUGUGGCGAUUAUAUGUAUAGUGGACAUACUACAAUUUUGGUGAUGAGCUACUUAAUCAUUGUUGAAUAUUCCCCCAGACGUUGGUAUCUACUUCAUUGGGCAUCAUGGUUAAUGGGAGCUGUUGGAGUAUUAAUGGUACUCAUUGCACACGGUCACUAUACUAUUGAUGUGAUUAUCGCAUAUUUAGUUACUACUCGACUGUUUUGGAUAUAUCACACAUUGGCCAAUAAUGUUUAUCUGAAACAUUCCAGUUCUAAUAACUACUUAGCUCGAUCUUGGUGGUUUUGGCUAUUCAAAUAUUUUGAAGGAAAUAUAAAUGGUCCAAUACCUCGCCAAUAUGAUUGGCCUUUACCAUGGCCUCAACAUUUUACAACAGCAAAAUAUCGAAAUCGAGAUAGUUAGCCCAGGUUGCGAAUCUCAUCCAUAAAAAAAUGUUCCUUGGCUGUAAAAUAAUAAUUAAAUAAAAUAAUAUCACCAACCAAUCAACAUUUCCAUAUUCAUAACUAUUCCUAUUUUCUUUGAUGCCUGUGUGUAUGUGUAUGUAUGUAUGUGUGCGUAAAUGCGUGUGUG